UUUCUGCUUUUUGAUAGCGAUUUUCCACUCAGCGGGGUGUUUGGAUCCGAAUCUAUUGACCUGGACAUCUCGUAUAUACUAUUUUCUAUCCUUGUACAACAAAAAUGUUAAUAUCUCAAUCUUCGCGUCUUCGCAUCUUCGUAUCUUAUCCAAGUGUGCCUGCCAUACCUCCAACUUGUACUCCAUGGCCAUCGUCAUCUCGACUGCAGACGUCUCGCUUGCCUUUGUCAGUCUUCUUUCUCCAUGUCUUGUCAUGCCCGACAAUUUCUCUUUCUCCAUGCCUUGCCAUGCCCUGCAACCUCUUCAUCGCGAAUCGAUCCUGCAACUUCCUAAACGGCAUACCCCUAAGCGAUGGAGUCGUCGACAUUGAUAAAGGCUCACACAUUCCUUUGUGCUCUUUCGGCACCUCCGCGUGCUAGAAACAUGACAACCACGAGUCUUUUCAGCCCUAAGCUUGCUGUUUUGAGGUAUCAAUAAGAUGACAAAAUUCCACCCUGCCUCCCCCCCCACCAUUGAUGGUUCACAAAGUCUGGGAAA